AUGUUCAGGUCAUCUCUGGAAUGCACUGUGAAAUCCGUGUCGUGGCCGAAAAGUUUUGAAUGUCUUCAAGCAAGGAUUACUUGGAACACUCGUGUGUAUUCGCUUCUCUUGGUUUAUAGGCCGGAGAAAGGACCAAGUGCCGACUCAAACCGUGGAAUUUUCUUUGAGGAGUUCGAUACGUUAAUUAGUGUUAUAUCCUUAAAGACGCCACAUGACAAGUUGAUUCUCACUGGAGACUUUAACUUUCAUCUUGAAAAAACUGACCACCCAGACACGUUGAGAUUCACUGACAUUCUUGCACAUCAUCAUCUUCUACAGCACGUUGACAAAUCAACCCAUGACAAGGGCCACUUGUUAGAUGCUGUUAUUUCAAGGGUCGGUGAUGCAUCUGUGUCCAACAUUCAUGUAUCAGAUGCCAGCAUCUCCGAUCACUAUGCAGUGUCGUUCACGGUCAACAUGGCCAAGCCGCCAUUGCCUGUUAAAACUAUUAGAUACCGGAAGGUCAAAUCAAUUGACAUCAAAUCUUUUGCUUCUGAUGUUUCUGAUGGUGUUCAAGGCUUAGAUUUGUCUUCCGAUCUCGAGUCACUCGUUGAUAGCUAUGAUCGAUUGCUUGCUUCCCUUCUAGACAAGCAUGCACCUGCCAAGUCGAAACUUGUGCAUGUGCGACCCAACGUCCCCUGGUUCAACGAUGAUAUCAUUCUUGCCAGGAAGCUGGAGCGCAAGCUCGAGAGAAAAUACCGCCGGAGUAAACUCACCGUUGAUCGGCAGGUAUGGAAGAGUCAAGCUCGUAAUGUUGACAAAAUGAUCGAAGCUGCCAAGGUGGAACAUUUUUCAGCUCGUCUUCUCAAUUCACCAACUACAGAGACUUUCAAGACUGUUAAAUCACUUCUGUAUGGAAGGGGGUCUGUUACUCUGCCUAGUCAUGAGUGUUCUUCUGAACUUGCUGAACGGUUCAGUUCAUUUUUCAGUGAGAAGGUGCAACUCAUCAGAGACAAGUUUCCAGCGUCAGUUUCGAAUGAAUCAUUAGAUGAACAUUAUUCACUGACUUCAUACCUUGAUGUAUUUAAGCCUGUAACUGAACACGGGCUACUCAAACUCAUUAGUGACAUGAAACCAAUACAGUGUGCAUUAGACCCACUCCCAACAUCUUUGCUUAGGAAGUGCCUACCAGGAGACAUUAUGCGCCUGAUUGUCAAGAUAGUCAUUGGAAAGUGGCAUGGUGCCAAGCUCUUUCAAACGAGCUAUUCUUAA